GGAGAACAUGGCCUCUCUGUGAACUGAAGAGGCUCAGUCACCAAUUGCCUUUGGAUUUGCACUGCCGUAGGAGAUGAACAUUAUCAGGUGUCUCUCUUGGUGUUUGUAGAUAAAACUGAAUCUAUAUCUGUAAGCCAGUAUGGGGGACUGGAACUUGUUGGGAAAGCUAUUGGAGAGUGCCCAGGAACACUCCACCGUUGUGGGCAAAGUCUGGCUGACAGUGCUGUUCAUAUUCCGCAUCCUGGUGCUGGGAACCGCUGCUGAGAAGGUGUGGGGCGACGAACAGUCCAGCUUCACGUGUGACACCAAGCAGCCUGGUUGUCAGAGCGUCUGCUAUGACAAGACCUUCCCUAUUUCUCACAUCCGCUUCUGGGUGAUGCAGAUCAUCUUUGUCUCCACGCCAACUCUCAUUUAUCUGGGUCACAUCCUUCAUCUGGUCCGCAUGGAGGAAAAGGAGCAACAGAAACAGAAGGACCUAGCCCUCCAGAACGAAAAGCACCAGCAGUUACUUGGCACCAAAGCUAAGAAGCCCUCAGUUAAAGACAACCAGGGCCAUGUGCGUUUGAAAGGUGCACUGCUACGAACCUACGUGUUCAACAUUAUUUUCAAGACCCUGUUUGAAGUGGCCUUCAUUGUAGCUCAGUACUUCCUGUAUGGUUUUCAGCUCAAGCCGAUGUACACCUGUGACCGCUGGCCUUGCCCAAAUAUGGUGAAUUGCUACAUCUCUCGACCCACUGAGAAGACGAUCUUCAUCCUCUUCAUGCUGGCUGUGGCCUCCAUCUCCCUGCUGCUCAACCUGGUGGAAAUGUACCAUCUGGGCUUCAAAAGGUGCCACCAAGGCCUUCGUUACAGACGAUCAAAGGCUUCAGUUGAGGCACCCAAGACUCUAAAUGAGACAGUCAUGCCUUAUGUCCCAAACUAUAGCUUCUUUUCUGGUCAUUCUGCAGUGCCUGAACAUUUCCCCACGGGCUCCAAGUACAGCGUGGCAGAGCCCAACUCUGCCUACAGCCCCUACAACAGCAAAGCGGUUUACAAGCAGAACAGAGACAACAUGGCCGUGGAGCGAAAAGGUAAAGCAGACGAAGAUGAUGUAAAGGAGAGGAAAAUCUCCAGCAUUGUUUCUGAGUCGCCCCAAACUCAGCGCAGAAACAGUCAGUCAAGCAAGCAGAGCACUAACAAGAGCAGGCUGGAUGAUCUUCAGAUCUAAGGACCUUCUGUGUUUUCAUCCAAGACUCAUGACAACAUGCAUUAGCAUGUGAAAAUAUGUGCAUCAUUAUGGAAGACUGUUAGGGGCAAAACUAAAAAGUGACAACUAAAAAG